AUGGCCUCGGUGGGUCCCUCCGCAGCCUCCGCGCAGCCCGCCCUGCCCUCCGGACCCGCCGUCUUCAAAACCAUCCCCUACGCCUUCAUCCUGCCCGAGAUCGUCUGCGGGACCUGGGUGUGGAUCCUCGUCGCUGCUACCUCCGUCUCCUUGCCGCUGCUGCAGGGAUGGGUGAUGUACGUGUCCCUCACCUCCUGCCUCAUCUCCCUGCUGCUCCUCUUAAGCUACCUCCUCGGCUUCCACAGGAACAGCGAGAACUGGAAAGUGCUGGACAGUUUGUACCAUGGCGCCACGGCCAUUCUGUACAUGAGCGCCGCGGUCCUGCAGGCCAACGCCACCAUCAACUCUGAGUUCGGCGUCAACGCGCCCCUCAACUACCAACUCAACAGCGCUGCAUCGUUCUUCGCCUUUCUCACGACCUUCCUGUACAUCCUCCAUGCCUUCAGCAUCUACUACCAGUGAUCCUGGCAGCACCAGAUUGACCUUGACAGGACAAGGGCUUUCCCAGUGUGAGAGACCUUGCUGUCAUCCCAAGGUGUCCCUGCUCCAGCCCUGUCACCAGGCCUCAGGAACAGCAAGUCCUUUUGCACUUCAUCACAGGAGGGAUUUUUGCUGGUACACGUUGGUGUGCCUGUGGGACAUUUCCUGCCUUGCCUGGGGGAGGGACUUGUGAGGGGAGGGACUGGGUGCAGGCCCCAAGCCUCCAAUACCAACAUUCUGCCAAAUAUUGACAACCAUGGGAAGAGGGAAAAAAAAAAAACCAGUUCCUUCAGCAAACAACCUCCUUUCCUAUGUAAUUUGCCUUUCUCCGGUUCAGCUCCAUCCCUCCCCAGCACAAGUUCAUAACAAUGAUACAAGAUUGUGUUCCUUGAC